AUGUCCUUCUUUGCUUCACCCUCCAAACCCAAGACUUCCCUCGGCUGGCAUCGCCCCUUGAGCCCUACAGCCGGCGUCAAGGUCAGCCCGAUCGCCCUGGGCGGCAUCUCCAUCGGAAACUCAUGGAGCGAGCUCUUCGGCACGAGCACCGACGCGUUUGGCCUUCUCGACGCCUUCUACGAUCUCGGCGGCAACUUCAUCGACACGGCAAGCAGCUACAAUGGAGAAGAGUCAGAACAGCUCAUUGGUGAAUGGAUGGAGAAGCGUGGCGUGCGCGACCAGAUGGUCAUCGCGACCAAGUUUACGUCCGUAUACCGAUACCACAACCGCGAGGGCGAGCCGAUACAGAGCAACUUUACCGGCGCAUCGGCCAAGAGCAUGCACCUCUCGGUCAAGGCCAGCCUGAAGAAGCUGCGGACUGACUACAUUGACGUGCUGUACUUGCACUGGUGGGACUUUUCGACGUCGGUCGAGGAGGUCAUGACGCACCUGCACGCCCUCGUCAUGGCGAGGCAGGUGCUGUAUCUGGGCGUAUCGGACACGCCGGCGUGGAUCGUCGUCAAGGCCAACGAGUUUGCGCGCCGCAACGGGCUGACGCCCUUCUCCGUGUACCAGGGCCGCUGGAAUGCGGCGUUCCGCGACAUGGAGGCCGAGAUCAUCCCCAUGUGCGAAGACCAGGGCAUGGGCAUCGUGUCCUGGGCGUCGCUGGGCGGCGGACAGCUGACGACGGCGGCACAGCGCCAGGCCAUGGCCGACGACGACGAGGCGCCCAAGGGCUACGGCCCCAAUAGCUUCGACGUGCCCGUGUCCGAAGUCAUCGAGCGCUUGGCCCGGGAGAAGAACGUCACCUUCCAGCAGGUCGCGCUGGCCUACCUCUUCCACCAGUCGACCUACGUUUUCCCCAUUGUGGGCGUGCAGUCGGUCGAGCAUAUCAAGGCCAUCCCUGCCGCGAUCGAGGUCGAGCUGUCCAAGGAGGAUAUCGGGGACUUACACGCUGCCGCGGCCUUUAACCCGCUGUUCCCGAACACGUUCCUCUUUGACAAGGAUCCUUACAGCACCAAGCUCACUUUUGCCCACCAAACUCAUUUGCAGAUGACGACUUGGUUGGAUGCACCCUCCAAGGAUGAUCAGGCUUGGAAUUCGAUGACAUGA